CCUUCAUUGGCGCCAUACGUUGCAGAUGUCGAUCUUUACCUUGUGUAUUCACUCACACUAUGCAGAUCUAAGAGCAAAACGCGAUAGCAUUCUGUCAAACUACUGUCGCGUCUUUAACAAGCCUUAGUGCAAAUUGCGCAGCUAUUUUUAUUUUUGAAGAGCAGGGCAUCGUGGUAACCUUGACUGACGAGUCUGAUACCGUUGAACAACACAUCCUAAAUAACACCACCAGGGAGUACUCAUUGGAGCUCACCAGCGACAACUCUCCACUACCCAGUUGCCUUAGGCGAACAAUCUCAUAGCCUUGGCCUCACGCCCACGCAUAACAUUUCCAUAUGAGGAACAUUUCUCCCUCUCACCAAUUUUAACGACACAAGGAAGAUCUAUCCCACGUCAUGCUUGCACCAUAUUUGCUAUUUGAUUGAUGAGUCCACUAACCUUAAAAGUUUCACCAACAUUUCUAUUCCUAGAUCAAUGCAACGCUCGACUACAGAAACCAUGCCUUUCCCGGUGCUUUUGUACUUCAAAACACCUUGAUUGUUUUGGAUGUGCAUUCUUCACAGAUCAAUUACUUCGCAGACUUAUAUGGUCUUGAUCCCCUCCAUACUAUUUGAGAGCCGACUGCGGCUGUUCCCAAACCAAUAUUUCGAUCUGAUGUCGUGGGCAUGGUCAUGGUUAUGAAUGGUUUGAUCCCGGCCCCAAAAGGUCGAGUUCGAACAAAAGUUGGGCAUAGAUAUCUGGAGGCUUUACAAUCGAAAGUAAAUGGAGGUUACCAGAGCUCAAGCUCGUCAUCUUCAGAUGAUGGCGUGCAAAAUUCUGCGGGAUUGAAUCUAUUGGUUCUUGGUAUCACGUCUGGAACUGCUAUGGAUGACAUUGAUUUUGCUCUCUGUCGUUAUACACAAGAGUCACCAGAAGCACCACUGCACUUGGAUCUUAUUCAGUAUGAUUCAGUCGUCAUGCCGUCGAAGAUUCGAUCCGAGAUCCUGUCGAUGUUACGAGAAGACGCCGCUCCGCCAAGUAUGUUGUCGCAAAUGGACGCAGAAAUGGGACAUACUUUUGCGAACGCUAUUCAUAUAUUCGCACAUAAGCAUAGAAUUUCAGUGGAUGAUAUUGAUCUAAUUGGAUCUGGUGGACAGCUCGUUACCUUAACGGGGGCCCCACCACGGGGACAACAUCGAUCGAACAUGUGCCUAGGAGAAGGGGCUGUGAUAUCAGCAAAAACAGGUGUCACAACUGUUUCCGACUAUCGAACGGCAGAGCAAGCUGUCGGCAGACAAGGUGCUCCUUUAUUUGCGUACUUGGUCGGGCUUUUGCUGCACCAUCCUACCAGAUUACAGAUUUGCAUAACGAUUGGAGGCAUCACAACUAUAUGUUUCAUCCCGUCGGAUAAAAAGGGCGGGAUUGACGCAAUGUACGAUUGGGAUACAGGGCCAGGCACUUGUAUGAUUGAUGCAGCUUAUCGUCACUUUGGCCUCGACCCUCAAAAGGACCAAUCCUCUUCCCUACACGGUACAAUCUGCCAUGAAGUUGUCGAGCAACUUCUUACCAAUGAUGAAUAUCUCAGUACACGACCACCGAAAACCACAGCUAGAGAAAUUUAUGGUGACGCCAUGGCUUUCAAAAUCAUAGGCAUGUGCGCUUAUCGAGGUUGUUCGCCCGCCGAUACAAUAUCUACCAUUACACGCUUCACCUCCGCCAGUAUUGCCCAGCAAAUUCUUCUUUUUGGUCCCGGUCGUGACGCUGUUAACGCAGCUGAUAUAACUGUCGAUGGUCGCGGCAUGUCCCACACUCCCCUCAUCUCAGACCUUCAAGCCGAAUUUCCAGGAGCCCAUUUUGACAGCUUUGACAAAACCGGUAUUCCUUUAAAUGCUAGAAAAGCAGUAGGCUUUGCGAUGCAAGCAAUGGAAGCAUUGUUAGGGAGAGCAUUACCAGUCCCGACAAAUGCGGACGUAAGAAGACCGAAUACUAUUACUGGAAAGUUGGCACCUGGACUAAGGUGGAGAGAGGUCAUGGAGAAAAGUGUUAGAUUUGGAGGAAAUGGAAGAGGGUGGGAGGGACUUCCUGAGGUCAAAGAGUUGAUUGUUAGGCAAAGGGAUAGGAGCAAUGUCUCAGGUAUGGAAAACGAGAAGGAGGGGUUUGCCUGUUAGGCCGGUACAGAUUCCGCGGAAAGUUUCCUUUUACUUACUUUCUUAGUAGAUAGUUUUAGUGAGCAAACAUACAUUUAAUUUACAAUCCAACAUUACCUGUA